CACGUAUUGUAUUAUACAUAGCUUGGUCGUAAGCAGACGACACAUAUACCAUCAGCUAAGCUAGAAAAUGCAUGGUCGUAUAUAUAUUAAUUAGGAGCAACUUGAGUAAGUAAGCUCCAAAAAUCCUUGGGUAUAAAUACCUUCCAAAGUCUCCAUGCUCAUGCAUCAUCAACCGCACAGCACAAUCCACCUCGUAUCGUAUCGACGACCACAAUGGCGGCGAGGCGUUCCAGUUGUUCUUCCACCACCGCGGUACCAUUACUGUGCGCCUCGGCCUUGCUGCUAUUCAUCCUGCUGUCGGCGGGCGUGGCGCCGGCGGCGGCGUGCGGCGGCCACCCGUGCCCGAUCCCGGACGGCAAGUGCCCGGUGAACGCGGUGAAGCUGGGCGUGUGCGCCGACGUGCUGGACGGGCUGAUCCACGCCGUGGUGGGCGGCCCGCCCAAGGAGCCCUGCUGCUCCCUCAUCUCCGGCCUGGCCGACCUGGACGCCGCUGUCUGCGUCUGCCUCGCCAUCAACGCCAACAUCCUCGGCGUCAACCUCGACGUCGCCGUCGACCUCUCCCUCCUCGUCAACUACUGCGGCCGCCGUGUGCCCGCCGGAUUCAAAUGCGCCUAGCUAUCGACUUUGCUGUGGCAGUGCGUGCACAGGUCGAUCGAUCGUCUCUACACGUAACACAUAGAUUGUCGGGAAUAAAAACAGUCCCUGUGGUUGCCAGGCCAGUGUCCAUGCAGACCGGAGGCGUUGACUAGUCUUCAGCGUGAUUGGUUUCCUGUAUGAUAUGGUUUCAUCCUGCAUGCGUUUGUUUUUUCACUCACAUGCCGGCUGCGCACACAAGUGAGUGAGGGGCGUUUCUGGCUGCCUAGGCUCGCGCGAGCCACACGCACAAGUGAGUGAGGGACGUUUCUGGCUGCCUAGGCUCACGCGAGCCACACGCCGCAGGUGCUAGCAACCAAUCAUGUAGAGUAUGUCUGUGUACGUACGUGUGCUGCAGGAUCUAGUUGAUCGUGCUUCUACACAUAUGCCGUCAUAUAAGGUAUACUAUGUGGUUUGUGUAUGGUCUAUGUGAACAAGAAUAUGCAAGUAUGUUUGGGUG